CCUAGCCAAUCCAGACUCGACCCAAACUCUUAUUUGCCUUGAUUGAAUUCUCUUUACAUUCCAUUCGAAACAGAUCUUCCCAUCCACCAUGAGCGAUGAUAUCCUCCACACCUCGACAGGCACGAGCGAUCGCGUCCAAAAACCCACACACACCCAUAACACAAACUCUUCCAAUCCCCCUAACCAUAGUCUCAAUCCACGAUCCUGCGUAACAUGUCGACGCCGCAAGGUCAAAUGCGACAAGAAACAGCCAUGCUCCAAUUGCGCCCGCGCUAAAAUCGAAUGCAUCUUCCCUGGCCCUGGCCGUGCCCCUCGCAAGAACAAAAAGCCUCCAGACGCCGAGUUGAUGGAUCGUCUCAAGAGGCUGGAAGGGGUCGUUCAGAGUCUCAACGCGCAAGUGGAAGAACAUGAGCAGGAAGCAGCACAGAAAGAGGCGAGAAAUUUUGAGGUGGAGCGAAAACCUGUCGAGGAUGAGGGGAGCCAGGAUACAUGUCCACUGCGUCCCAUGGCCAAGCGUGCUAGCGUCAUUGUCGAUGGGAGUGUGGAGGGACUGGAGACGCGGUUUGGCAGACUGGUUGUGGAUCAAGGGAGGAGUCGGUAUAUCAACAACAGCUUCUGGGCGAGUUUGAACAACGAGGUCGAAGACCUCAAAGCCAUUUUGAAUGAGCACUCUGACGACGAAGAGACGCAUGAUUCACCAGAUGCAAGCGAUUGGCAAGGUAGCGGCUUCAUGUUUGGCUACAGCUCUAUCAACGUCGACAUGCAGUCCCUUCAUCCCCCUGUCAAGCAGGGUCUGGCGUUCUGGAACAUCUACAAGGCGAACGUGGACCCGCUUGUCAAGGUCUUACAUAUCCCCACCUUCGAGCCUACGUUCUUGCAAGCCAUCGCGCAGCCGGACAAAAUUUCCAAGUCUCUCGAACCAUUAAUCUUUGCCGUAUACUACGGUGCUGUGACAAGCAUAACACCAGAGAAUUGCGUCAUCAAAUGGGGUGAGGAAAGGGAGGCACUACUGAGCAGGUAUCGCUUCGGACUGGAACAGGCGCUUGCGAGAGCGAAUUUCCUCAUCAAUGAUGAAAUGGUCAUCCUGCAGGCGUUUGUGAUCUUCAUGAUCCUCAUGCGGCGAAAUGAUGACGCGCGGAAAAUUUGGACAUUGACGGGUCUUGCAGUACGAAUGGCGCAGACGUUAGGGGUUCAUCGCGACGGGGCACACUUUGGUCUCACUCCUUUCGAAGUCGAGAUGCGCAGAAGGCUUUGGUGGCAAGUUUGUAUCCUCGAUGCAAGAGCAUCCGAGGACCACGGAUGCGAUCCCACUAUUGUUGAAGCUCAGUUUGAUACUAAGAUGCCUCUGAAUGUGAACGACGUAGACAUACAGCCAGAGAUGGAAGAGUUUCCAGAAGAACGACAGGGCUUUACCGAUAUGACCUUUAGCCUCAUCCGUUUCGAAGUCACCAAUAUUUUUCGUCGCAUAUUACAUGUCCCUCCAUCUCCUGUCACUUGCCACGAAUUCUUCACCAAUUUAUCGGUCGCGGAGAAAGAACGAUGGAUUAGCAACUGCCACCAGCGACUCGAAGACAAGUAUCUCAAGAAUUGUGACAUGACGGUCCCAUUGUGUUGGAUAACUGCGACAAUAUCGAGGAUGAUCAUGAGCAAGAUGUGGCUCAUUGUGUACCAUCCGCAUCAGCGCAAAGACGGUGGUGCCUCACUUCCCCAGGAGAUAAAGGACAAGCUCUUCGUGACUUCACUCGAAAAUAUAGAAUACUCGAUGCUCAUCGAAACAGAAGCGCGGACGAUGCAGUGGGGCUGGCUGUUUCGAACCUACGUUCAAUGGCACGCAAUAGCUUUUCUCCUCUCUGAACUCUGCGUUCGGACCAAAGGCGAAGCUGUAGACCGAGCAUGGCAUGCUCUGGACGUCACAGCCCAACGCUGGUGGUUCCCGCUACACGAAGGAACCCCGCAUGCUUCAGGACAGGCAGGGUGUCUGUGGAAACCCUUACGCAAACUAAUGGAUAAAGCCAAGGCUGCGCGAGCAAGAGAACUGGCGCUCGAACGCGCAAGUCAGACACUCAAGAAUCAGGGCAUAAUAUACCCUGACUUCAACCAAUUGAUAAGGCAAUCACAGCACCCGCAAAUCCCGGCUGGUCAGCCCGACCCGGAAAACUUGGAUAAGAUGCUGCGACCUGUGGCAAGAAAACUGGGGGAAAUACCAAACUCCAGUCCGCCAACGUGGCAUACAGAUAGUCCUGAAAUGAAUGAUACACAUUCACCGAUAGGCCCUCCGUCAACCACUGACAAAGGGGUGGUCGACGAUAUAACAACGGGAAACGGGCAAAGAUCAUAUGAUAUAUCGCAACUACAAGCGGACAACAUCUUCCCCGAGCAUGGGCUGGACUUUUUACUGGGCGACACGACCCAGGGCCAGUCAACAAACAACCAACCCUCGCCGCCAAAGGGUAACGAAAAUACAAAUCCCUCCAGCUAUCUACUUCCGGGCAGAACCUCGGCCUCCCAGCCUUCGGAUCAGAAUUCAAGCAUUGCCACUUUCCUCCCCUCUAAUUCCCUAACCGAUACCGGCAACUUCACUGUCGGAGAUAUGAACUACGUCAACAGUACCACAGCCUUGGACAGUUUCCCCAUGGAUGACACAGAAAUGGAUUGGGCAGUCUGGGACGACCUCGUCGAUCAAUUUGGUGCGGACGGGGUGGUCCAGCAAGGCCCGGUCUCCAAUGGAGCAGGUCACUUGGGCAAGGUUGGAUGGUUUUGAGGAAGAGGGAAAAGCGUAGAGAGGUCUCAGUCACUCCAUGAAAUUAUGCGGAGCACUAUAAAAUUUCUUUUAACCUGGCUUCUAUUUACCACGUUAGUUAUACCCUUUUCGCGUCUAUCUCUCCUUCUGGGGCUGUACAUUAGAGUUAUGAAUGGGGAUGUACGUUUAUCGAGUUCGCUGUACAUCAAUCGCUAGGUGGCCCCAGACCUGUCUCAUCUCAACUCUGUCCAAAAUCAAUAUCAAUGAAUCUCAUCUCUACUUCGUGGAAAGCUUUCUUUUCAGCGUGUCCAUCUAUCAGUCGCAAGAAAUCACUGUUUUGAACGCGCUAAUGCCGGCUGCUUC